CACUCUAUUAGUUGGGCUAGCAGUUGCAGUAAGCUUGUAAUUUUGAAUUGCUUCAUAUUCGAAAACCUAAAAUUUCAACAUGGCCGAUGAAGAUGUUGCUGCAUUGGUUGUCGACAAUGGCUCCGGUAUGUGCAAGGCCGGUUUUGCCGGAGACGAUGCUCCUCGUGCAGUUUUUCCCUCCAUCGUUGGUCGUCCAAGACAUCAGGGCGUGAUGGUCGGUAUGGGUCAGAAAGACUCGUACGUCGGCGAUGAAGCUCAGAGCAAGCGAGGUAUUCUUACUCUGAAAUACCCCAUCGAACACGGCAUCGUCACCAACUGGGAUGACAUGGAGAAGAUCUGGCAUCACACCUUCUACAACGAGCUCCGUGUAGCUCCCGAGGAACACCCAGUUCUGUUAACCGAGGCUCCACUCAACCCCAAAGCUAACAGAGAAAAGAUGACACAGAUCAUGUUUGAGACCUUCAAUUCACCAGCCAUGUACGUUGCCAUCCAAGCCGUGCUGUCCCUGUACGCCUCUGGCCGUACAACUGGAAUCGUCUUUGACAGUGGUGAUGGUGUCAGUCACACUGUUCCCAUCUAUGAGGGUUAUGCUCUUCCUCAUGCCAUCCUUCGUCUUGACUUGGCCGGCAGGGACUUGACUGACUACCUCAUGAAGAUUCUGACUGAGCGAGGCUACUCCUUCACCACCACAGCUGAACGUGAGAUCGUGCGUGACAUCAAAGAAAAACUCUGCUAUGUUGCCCUCGACUUUGAACAAGAAAUGCAGACUGCUGCCUCGAGCUCCAGCUUGGAGAAGAGCUAUGAACUUCCUGAUGGUCAGGUCAUCACCAUUGGCAAUGAGCGCUUCAGAUGCCCUGAGGCCAUGUUCCAGCCCUCUUUCCUUGGAAUGGAAUCUGCAGGCAUCCAUGAGACCACAUACAACUCCAUCAUGAAGUGCGACGUGGACAUCCGUAAGGACCUGUACGCCAACACAGUGUUGUCUGGUGGCUCCACCAUGUUCCCAGGAAUCGCUGACAGAAUGCAGAAAGAAAUUGCUGCUCUGGCUCCACCCACAAUGAAGAUCAAGAUCAUUGCUCCUCCUGAGCGUAAAUACUCUGUAUGGAUUGGAGGAUCAAUCUUGGCCUCGCUGUCCACCUUCCAACAGAUGUGGAUUUCCAAGCAAGAAUACGACGAAUCUGGCCCUUCCAUUGUCCACCGCAAAUGUUUCUAAGCGGCCAGAAAUGCACUGAUAAUGUGAAGACAUUUUCAGAAUUACACACUGAACUGCCAUUAAGGGCUACUCUGAAGACUUGAAAAUCUUUUUUUUCAAGACAACGUUUGACUAUUGUAAUAAGAAUCGUGAUAGUUUUUAUAAAAAUGUUGAAGAUGUUCAAAAUAAAUUUUGUCGACAAUAAGUGACAAUUAAACUGUUAAUUUCUUUCAUUAA